UGAUGGCCUGUCUUAAAAUAAUUGAAAUUGAUACUUAUCAUAUUAAUAGAACAAAUUGCCUAUUGAAUAGUAUUUGCUCUUGCCACUUGUAAUUUUAUAACGAACACUUCAGAACUUUGGAAUUGCCGGAGUUUUGUAAUUAGAAUUUAGAUAUUUAAUGUGUCCUUUCCUCAUCUACAGACAUGCUGGAGAAGUUCGACUGAUAAUGCACUAUUCUAAUGCAAAUAAGCCAGCAUUGAGCUAUGCUCCUUCAGCUCCACCGUUUGGGGCCUCACCGGCACUUCAGGCCCAUCCCUUCUCUGCACCACCAUCAACCAUUUCAUACAAUUCAUCAGUAAAUGGCUACUCGGCACCAUCUCCAUAUCCUACAUAUCCUCCUACCUCAGCAGGAUACCCUUCGCCUUAUCAUUCUCAGCUGGCUACUUAUCAACCGUCUUACCCGCCAAUUUCUGGAUAUCCCAUAUCACCAUAUCCGCCACCACCUCAGAACCUGCAGUAUUACCCUCCAGCUUCAUAUCCACCACCACCAUAUCCUCCACCGCCCUACUGAUGCUGGAAUACUUCCGGUGAGGAUAGAGCAUCAAUCAGUUAAUGUUAGUUAACUAGUGCAUUUCAUAUUAGACAAGCCUAUUUUGUUUGGAAAUUUUUAUGUUGCUAAACUGUAUUCUUUCAUUGAUUGAAUGUUGUAUAUACCUUUGUAAGGCUUAUGUUGUUUGUUGUUUAGAUAAUUUUGUUCGGUAAAACAGUUGCAUGAUGAAAGAUGAAGGGGGAUGAUUAUGCAUGAGUGGAUUUGUCACAUGAGGUUGAAUAAUUGUAAUUGUAACUCAUAAGAUGAAUAGACCUUUCAACAGUUGCGUCCA